GGCUGUGUGUGUGUGUGUGUGUACACGUGUACACGUACAUAUUCGGCUGUGUGUGUGCGCGCGCGCGUGUCUGAACGUGAGCAAAUUGAGGAAAAGUAGACUACAUAGCUCGCGCGCUAUUCCCACAAUUAUUUUUUCAAAGCCGAGGAGGAGAAAGUCGAAACUAUUAUGGUUUAUUAAUUUGGGACCUGGGAAACAAGCUACCAGGACUGGCUACGUCGCUAGCAAACUAAAUGAACGCACAAUAACGAAGUCGGUUUGAGUUCAAAUUGGUCUUAAUACAGCCUGUCACAUAACGGAUUUCGACCGCUAUUAUGUCAAGAUAUUUACCUGCACAAACUAUGUCUUCAGCCUGGUAUUGGGGGCUGGUUCUUCUCUUCAACAAAAGUUGAGUUUGUCAUUGUGUGUGUGUGUGAGCGUGAGUGUGUGUGUGAGUGUGAAUGUGUGUUACUGUUUGCUUUAGUAAGUGUGUGCCUUUUAAUGUGCAAACUGAUGUACAUUUCAAAGUAAUUGUUGCAUGGCUUCACACCAGCAACAAAAAUAGUUUAGUGAAGAUAGAUAAGCCAUAUCCGUAAAAGUUCAGGAUGUUGAAGACUUUAACCAAGAAGCUAAGAAGACACUCGCUCAACGAGAUUCAUCCUUUUCAAUUUAAGAUUUCCUACCAUGGCAGUGGCGAGGGAGCGGAGAGCGACGAUUCCGAGGGGGAGAACCAGGAGCUUGCACAGAUUGACAGAGAGAGGCGGCGGAACUGCGGCCUCACCCCUCUGGCCACCAGCCAGCAGCACAAUCAGGGUCCCCUAUCUCCGGCACGCCUCCAUCACCUACGCCUCCUUCUAGACCCGACUCUGGACCGUCACUCGUCUGAAGAAGAGCUGGAGCGAAUCAGCCACGGCGUUGGAGACGGCAGGAAGUGGACGCUGCACCAUCGCCACAGUGACCACCACAGCAGUGCCUCCAGCGACGAGGAGGUGUGGGACCUGUGUGGCUGCGGCCCGGUUGCAGCAUCCUUGGAGCCUGGGACUUGCCUGGCCGCUUCCACCAGCCCGGUGCUCUUUAGCUCUAGCCCACCUCGCAGCCUCAAGCCACCGCCUCCAAUUAAGCUCCAGUUCCAGGGGGUGCAGCCUGCUGCCAAGCCUAUCAUCUUGACCCACUUCGACCAGUCGGCGGCUCCCUAUAGGAAACACAGGCACAGCUACGGGGGAGAGCUGGGGAGGCCAAGUCUGGACCUGGAGAAAAUGCAACAGAAAAUGCUCCUGAAAAAGAACUGUGGUGGGAAAACACGGACCAUAAAGAUCCGGAACUUGACUGGGACUCGCCCUCUGCCCAGGUACGCCUACGAUCCCUCAAUUUUUGCCUUCCGGUCCCUCAGCAGGGUCCCUCCUUGCAAUCCCUUGACUCCGUCCGAAGACCCCCCGUGUGUGUGAGGGGAUAACACCAACAAAACCCCUCCUUCCUCACUUAUUGACUCUAUAGGAGACUGCCAGACUUCAAACUCUGAAGACGAGACUGAGCUAAAUAAUGAGUCAUACCAUUAUGGUAUGAACGUUAGGACAACUUGACAAUGCCAAUGUUUGAAGGUCAAUAUUGUACUCUCAGAUAAUCCUGCUCUGUCAAAUCAUGUUGUUGCUCGGACAACUGGUUCACUUGACAGAACCAUCUAAGACACUAAGAAUGGGGAGAUCUUAACCCUGAUAUUGGAUGAUGAUGUGAGACGGGGGCAGACGGUAUGUGUGAACAACAAGGCUACAAUAGAAAUUGCUUUGAAAAUACACCGCUUCACUCAAGCUCUCCGUUCCAAGGACACUUCAGGUAUUUCAUACAUUAACAGCUGUCUUUUGGACACAUUUUCAAUGGAUGUUUGUUCUAAAAAUGGAUUAUCAAAGAUAUUUUUGAAGGAAAACACAAGCAUUCGAAAGCAUUCAAAGACUACUCCAAUGCCCUUGAUACAAGGGAAAUGUAUGUUGACGACAAUCAAAAGGUCAAACAAACGCAAGACAGGUUUGUUGUCUAGACCAGGGUUUCCCAAACUCGGUCCUGGGCUCCCCACAUUUUAGUU